UUGUGACUCCCGGAAGUUGAGCGCCUACGGCAGGGCGGCCCUGGCAGCUUCCGUGGCCGCUUUUGUCUGGAGGUUCCAGGUGAUCUACUGAGAUGGCGAGCGCGGCUGCAUCUACAGCCGCAGUCCCCACCCUAGCUCCGCCUUUGGAACAGAUCCACCAGUUGGCAGUGGAGCUGCGGUUACUCCUGCCUGGAGUGCGGGUCGGAGAAGCCCGAGAGACCACAAAGGAGUUUAAUCCUGAGACGUUUUGGAGGAGACUCAACGCGGCAGCUGUGAACGUGUCAAGGGAAGCCACGACUCUGACUGAAGUCUUCUCUCGAGUUCCACUGCCUUCUCCGCAGGAAACCCAGAGGUUCUGUGAACAAGUGCGUGCUGCCAUCACGGCAAUCAUUGCAGUAUACUAUUCACUUCCCAAGGAUCAGGGAAUCACCCUGAGAAAGCUGGUACGGAACGCUACUCUGGACAUCGUAGAUGGAAUGGCUCAACUUGUGGAUGUGCUUUUCAUUACUCCAGCUCACAGCCCAGAGAACAGUGACCUUAUUUCCUAUAACAGUGUCUGGACUGCAUGCCAGCAGGUGCCUCGGAUACCAAGAGAUAACAAAGCUGCGGCUCUUUCAAUGCUGACGAAGAGUGUGGAUUUUGUGAAGGAUGCACAUGAGGAAAUGGAGCAGGCCGUAGAAGAAUGUGACCCAUACUGUGGCCUCUUAAAUGACACUGAGGACAACUCUGACAACCAUGGUAAUGAAGAGGAUGAUGGGUUGGGGUGUCCAAACAAUCGGGACUUAUAUUGGUCAGAGGAAGAUCAAGAGCUCAUAAUCCCAUGCCUUGCACUCGUGAGAGCGUCCAAAGCCUGCCUGAAGAAAAUCCGGAUCUCAGUGGCAGAGAAUGGGAAGAAAGAUCAGGUGGCCCAGCUGGACGACAUUGUGGAUAUUUCUGAUGAGAUUAGCCCUAGUGUGGAUGAUUUGGCUCUGAGCAUAUAUCCACCUAUGUGCCACUUGACUGUGCGAAUCAAUUCUGCGAAACUUGUAUCUGUCUUAAAGAAGGCACUUGAAAUUACUAAAGCAAGUCAUGUGACCCCACAGCCAGAAGAUAGUUGGAUCCCUUUACUCAUUAAUGCCAUUGAUCAUUGCAUGAACAGAAUCAAGGAACUCACUCAGAAUGAACUUGAAUUGUGAGUUUUCAGACUCCAUUUGUAGUCUCCUCUCUCCUUACUAUCACAGGUAGCCUCUGAUGUCUGCUUUUAAAAUGGGGCUAGAAUGCUGUCUGGAUCAAAAGGGAAUUCCUGUCCAAAUUUGUCAAGAGACAUUAUUACCAAAGAUUGUUGGUUGGGCCAGACUGACAAUUAUUUAUAAACUAUAUGAGUAUGUUAUCUUUUUCUGUGCUAGAUUCAGAUGGUAAUUGCCUGAGUUUGUGUUCCUGAAUCGCCUUUCAGAGAUUCAUGUAGAAGCUGCCUUAUUCCCUAUUUGCUAUAAAGUGUGUUUCAUUGUUAAACAUGUCGAUAGUCUUAAUAAAAUGCUGACCUGCUGGUAGUUCAAUAA